GGAAAAAAUGAAACGAUUUGGAUUUUUUUUUACAGUGAAAUAUUUGUGAGAUCAGGGGCUGAUGUUGGACGACAAAGCUUGGCUUUAAUUAAUCCCAAACAUGCUUUAAUACACGUUUGGAUGCUAAUCAGUGUCAUAGGGUCUUUAAAUUUAUUUAUUUUUUCAUCCCAAAACCUCCCAACACACAGAGCCACAAUUCACCUAUUCAAAUUUCUGAUGAAUAAAUAAUAAUGAUCAACCCAAGCAUCAAUGUUUAGAAUCAUUAAAAAAAAUCUACAUACUUACUGAGUUUAUGGUCUUAAUUUAUAGAGCGAUUUAAAAUAUUAUGAUUUUAUAGACAUUUUUAAUGGUUAUUUAAUACAGCAAUCGCCCAAUAAAAUCGUUUAGGUUCCUUCAGUGGCUUCAGCUUUCAGACUGAGAGUUUACUGAACCUGUCCUCUGAUCGGGGCAGCAGUCGUGCAAGAACCGCCACUGUGUUGGUUUUCAAGUGCGUUUCUCCUCCAAACGCGUUUCGAUCUGCUGCCAUCACAACUACUACAAAUUAAUGCGGAGUAUUUGACAGGCACGCCCCUUUCCUCCCAACAUCCAGCUCCCUCUCCAGACCAGAUCAUCCCAAACGGGAUGUCGGAUGUCUACUUCUCGUUUGUCCAGCGGCGGCUCCUCCGAUUUCCUGUUUUCGAGAGGAGUGACCUCCGAAUUGCACCAUCAUCAGAAAUCUCGGAGCAGUGAGUCAGUCGCUUGCGGUUCGGUUGGGUUCGGGCGUGCAGGUGGUGGUCUCCUCCUCCACAGUCAGAGCGGAGCUUUUCGUUGCAUUGUGCUGUGUCUCUUUAAAAGGUUGAGUUCUUCGGUCUGUGAGCGCUGGAUUGUGUCUCCACUCGGUUUGCCAUACCUACUCGACUCGGCUGUGUGUGUGUGUGUGCGCGCGCGCUGUUCUUCCAGCUGUGACAUGGCACAGAGGCUGCGUGUACUCUCAGCAGUAGCAGCAGCAUCCUAAGCCAUGGUCGCUCUCGGGAACGCAGCCAGCGCGACUCGGGGAACCAGGGCGAUGCUGCUGCCGGUCUGGACCUUACUGAACGCGGUGUCGGGGCUGAAGGCGGAGGACGGCGGAAUGGUGGAGGAACUUGUAACUGAGAAGGAGGCAGAGGAAAGUCACCGACAGGACAGCGUCAAUUUGCUGACAUUCAUCUCGCUGCUGACUCUCACCAUUCUCACCAUAUGGCUCUUCAAGCACAGGCGGGUUCGCUUUCUUCACGAGACCGGGCUGGCAAUGAUUUACGGCUUGCUGGUCGGUGUGAUCCUGCGUUAUGGCAUUCCAGCCACCAGCUACCACAACAAGACCCCCCCGAGCUGCUCGCUGAAGGAAGGACCGUCCAGCACCCUGCUGCUCAACAUCAGCGGCAAGUUCUUUGAGUACACCCUGAAAGGGGAGAUCAACUUCAGGGAGAUCCACAAUGUGGAGCAGAACGAUAUGCUUCGCAAGGUGACCUUUGACCCUGAGGUUUUCUUCAACAUUUUGCUCCCUCCGAUUAUUUUCCAUGCUGGGUACAGUCUGAAGAAGAGACACUUCUUCAGAAAUCUUGGCUCCAUCAUCACCUACGCCUUUCUUGGCACUGCAAUUUCAUGCUUUGUCAUUGGGAAUCUGAUGUAUGGCGUGGUGAAGCUGAUGAGGGCGGUCGGACAGCUGACUGAUAAGUUCUACUACACUGACUGCCUUUUCUUUGGGGCCAUCAUCUCCGCCACAGACCCAGUGACUGUGUUGGCGAUUUUCAAUGAGCUCCAUGCAGACGGGGAUCUGUAUGCUCUGCUGUUCGGAGAGAGCGUUAUGAAUGACGCUGUGGCCAUUGUCUUGUCCUCCUCCAUCAUGGCCUACCAGCCUGCUGGUGCAAACACACACAUGUUUGACGCCUCUGCCUUUUUCAAGUCCGUUGGAAUUUUCUUGGGGAUUUUCAGCGGCUCCUUUGUGAUGGGCGCAGCCACAGGUGUCGUCACGGCUCUCGUCACCAAGUUCACCAAGCUGCACUGCUUCCCUCUGCUGGAGACGGCGCUCUUCUUCCUCAUGUCCUGGAGCACGUUCCUGCUGGCCGAGGCCUGCGGCUUCACCGGUGUUGUGGCCGUGCUGUUUUGUGGCAUCACCCAGGCUCACUACACGUGCAACAACCUCUCUGAGGAGUCUACAAAACGCACCAAGCAGCUCUUUGAAGUUCUUCACUUCCUGGCUGAGAAUUUCAUCUUCUCGUACAUGGGCUUGGCUCUGUUCACCUUCCAGAAACACAUCUUCAGUCCCAUUUUUAUCAUAGGAGCUUUUAUAGCCAUAUUUAUCGGCAGAGCUCUCAACAUUUACCCGCUGUCCUUCCUCCUCAACCUCGGUCGAAGGGACAAGAUCAGGGGAAACUUCCAGCACAUGAUGAUGUUUGCAGGUUUGCGCGGGGCGAUGGCGUUUGCCUUGGCUAUCCGGGACACUGCUACCUCCGCCCGGCAGAUGAUGUUCACCACCACUCUGCUGAUCGUCUUCUUCACCGUCUGGGUGUUCGGUGGGGGAACCACUCCCAUGCUCUCCUGGCUGCAUAUCAGGGUUGGUGUGGAUUCAGAUCAAGACCUGCAGCCCUCUGGCGACAGCUUCCAAGUCCUCCAGGGGGAUGGAAACCAGGAUGAGGGCCAGAGUAAAACCAAACAGGAGAGUGCCUGGCUCUUCAGACUCUGGUAUACAUUUGAUCACAAUUACCUUAAGCCCAUUUUGACACACAGUGGUCCACCUCUGACCUCCACUCUGCCCAGUUACUGUGGCCCACUGGCAAGCUGCCUUACCAGUCCACGAGCAUAUGAAAACCAUGAGCAGCUAAGGGAUCCCGACACUGACUUGAUCCACAACGACGCCGACCUGACCUUCACAUUCGGCGACACCGCCAUCACCGCCAACGGGGCGUCCGCCGGCAGGGCGGAUGCCGCCGGGGGGUUGGGCUGGAGCGCAAAUGGAAAGAGGAGCGGCAGCACGUCAGAGGAGGCCCUGGAGCGGGAGCUGGACUCCCGCGAGCAGGAGCUGCUGAGCCGCGGCACACGCCUGGUGUUCCCCAUGGAGGAUCACAUCUGACCUCCCCCGCCCCGUCCGUACCAGCCGCUCUCCCUGGCCCGACCCUCACCCGCACCAUCUUGCCAUUAGUUCUCUCCACUUUCACAUGGGCAGAGUGCCCGGCGCUUCAGAGAUGAGACGGAUCUGAGAUAUGGGAUCUGACAGGAGGGGAAGGGUUCAUCGUGACCUGUGGCUCCAACAAAGCCAGGAGGAGCAGAGCUCCAGGAUCGUUUCAUCCUCAUUAGAUAAGAAGUUUAUUCCAAAGAAGACACGAUGCCCCUGUGGUGUUGUGGGAAAAGAAGAAAAAACUCUCGCUGCUGCUUCACAGACUGCGUUCUCUGCAGAAGAGGAUUUAAAAACGUUUUUUUGACAGGAAAUGGAAGUGACGUCUGGCCAUGCAAGACUAUCUCUGCAUGUUCAACACUUGGUUGUUGUGCUGGAGGAGAAAAUGGGUCUCAUGGUGGGACGUGACCAGAGUGUCUUCAUAGUUCAGAAACCACAUAAAGAGACUUUGACUAAAGAGUUCUUUGGUAAAAGUCUACCUGAAGACAUUUACUGCUAAAACCACAGCGUCCGGUUGUCUUGUGAAACAUCUGCUGCUGAGGACGUAAAGGAACGUUGAAGCUAUUUUCUUCUCAGUCGUGACUUAACACAAGCAUCCAAAUGCCUACAGAGCCAGGCUUUGAUUCUCACUGGUGGAACUGUUCAUUGAAGGCCUAUUACAUUUACAGAUGGUAUGUGAACAUCUUGUCAUUCGGUUGCCCUAGAUCAGCUGUGUUCAACUGUGUCUCAUGACACAACUUAGAAACCCUGACAUGUUUAAAUUCCAUUAAGGAAUAAAGAAAGGGCAUGAGGAUUUGCACUCUAACGUGAUUAAAGACCAGCCUACACAGUGAAGUAAAAAGCAUGCCGCUGUCGCGUUCAUCGUCCUUUGAAUGUUUGAAGCGCCUACUGCAGCUGCAAAACGUUUGGUAAAGUGCGCAAACCUUUACAAGGCGGAAAUAAGAAUUUGAAAGCGUUGGAAGAUUUAUAUUUUAGAACAAGUGAAAUUAAUCAUUUCAGUUUGGUAACUUAACAGUGUUUUAGUGGGAUGUCAUUUCCGCUGCUGCAAUACAAAUAUUACUACGAAUACUUUUUUUUUUCUCUUUCUUUUUUUAGUUUAACGGCUCAUUACGAAGCCAAAAAUUAGCUGUGAAAAAUACCAUCAAAAUUAAGUAGUGCUCAACAGAGAUUUGGCUCAGAUCAUCCUUAAAACAUCAGAUCUAUAAGAACUUUUUUCUUUCUUUACGUCUUUUUUUUUUUUAGCUUAAAAUCCAAGGAAGAGCUAGCUCAGUUGGCCUAGAUAGCAUCUGUAAGGCUUCAUAAUUAGCAUGUGGGUAGUUUGUUGCAGCUGUGAAAAAAUAAAGCGUUAAGCAGGGAUCGCUUCUAGAGACAGAUCUGUACAGAUUUCACAGAGUCUAAAAUGUGUUUUGAAGAGGAAGGGAAUUUUACUGCACGUUUACUCUCACAUCCCAGCUUAUUUAACAUGAAGACCCAUAAUAAAGACAGAACACAUUUCCAUCUAUAUAACCUCAGAUAUUUUGAAGUGCAAAAAACAUUUAGAAAUUAUAUAAUAUAUAUAUAUAUAUAUAUAUA